AUGUCGUCGACAGGAUGGACGUUUCCAGUCUUUCGUCAGGUUACUCCUUUAAGAUCUGAACCAAAUAAAUUGUUUUCAAUAAAAAAUAUUUUAGAUCUUUCAGAAGAGGGCCAAGAAGGAUGUGUUCCAUCUUCAAGCAAAAUCUCUCAGGGCUGCAAUUGUUGCUUCCUGCAGUCUGGGUUCUCGAUUCAAGUUCCUGGCGUUCCACCGGCUCCUCCUCUGCACCCAGAUCAUUUGAAUAAUAUGCCUUUUAGUGGCUUUAUGAACUGGCAAUAUUUUGGAUUCACUCCUUCUGUUUAUAAGUGGGGCUAUGGAACUCCUCUUGUCAAGGAAAAAGCAUUUCUACAUGGUGAGUAAAAUGCUGCCGUGCACGUCUAGUUAUCCAUUGAAAAAUGAAGGUAUGAAAACACUGAUCUAUCCGUAAUCGUAUCAUACUUUACCCUUCUCUUUAAAACUAGCCAGGUUUAACUGAUUUACAUGAGCUUAACUCGGAUUGAUUCAUGGAACUUCUGAACGAAGAUCCAAAGGGUGAUUAUUUGCGAUAGUCUUCAGCCGUCGGUUUAAAGCAUAAACUGAGCCGGAAAAUAUCACGAUGUUACUGUCGAUAAAAAUAUCACUUGUGGAAGUUGGAACAACAGGAAAUUGAAUAAUUUGCUGCUAACACUAAUCAGUUGCUUCGAUACCUUAAACACGUAUCAACUUGAAUUUUCACAGGCUUGGCCUGUUUGAGUGAAGUAUUUUUGUUUUUGAUAUAAGCUUGCCGCGCACAGGAUGCAGAUCUUUUUAGUAGAUUGACAUCGAUGGAUGCUCUUCGUUGCGUUUUAAUUUCUUCGUAGCUCUCUUUGGUUUGUCAUAAAUAUGAUGAAAAAUACAAGCGUCUCGAAAGUGUCUGGGAAAACUGAACUUAUCUCUCUGGAAAAACGGCCGUCGUACACAUAAAUCGAUCAUGUAUUCUAGCUUCGGUCUAGCUUAGAUAACUUGCCUUGGCUUAAGCUUUUUCUCACUAGUAACCUUUAUUAUUUUUUUUAUUUUGCCAUUCAUGCAUUACAGUAAAACCCCGCGUAUAAGAAUCUGGGUUUUAAAGAACCUGUUAGGCUAAAAUUUUCAUUUUAAGCCCCCUCCACAUAAGCACCUAUUAAGGCUAAAUCAUAUCAGUGGAACUGGUUUUAGAUGUACUGUAUUUGUCCCAAGAUUUCAGUUCUUGGUAUCAACUUUGAAAAGACAGAGAACUGACUAUGAGUUUGUUUGUUAUGUUUUGUUAAGGACAUACCUGCUCUGUACUGCCUUUAGGCAUUACUGUUCGGUAUAAAUGAUUCAUAUUGUAUUAUGAGAUGAUGUUUAUAAUAUAUUUAAAUGAAAUUCAUGUGAAAAUAUAAGAACCUAUUGUAAGAACCUUGGUAGUCUAAAUUUGCUUUAAGUACCCUUUAUAUAAGAACCUGUCAAGGCUAAAUUAAAAAAUGCAGGUUCUUAUACGCGGAGUUUUCCUGUAUAUUCUAUACAGUCUACCAUGCAAUGAAUUACUGAUUUCCUUGAAGGUUACAUUAAUUCUUAGUUUACAUGAUGAGAAGUCACUGUUUACAUCUUUACCUGAACUAUACAUGUAAGUCAAUUUUUCUGCUAGUUUUGAAAUUACAGAAUUGGAAUGGGACAAGUUUCUAUUUGCGCCACACUUUUGAUGUUUAUUUCUUGCAUUAAAAGUCGCUUCAACUCAGCAUACUCCCUUGUAUGUGAUCAACUGAAAACCCCCCAAAACACUUGCUACUUAUAAGUAUCCCUUUAACAUUGCUAAUUUUUCUUAAGAGCCUCCUUCAAUUCACAGUUUAUUGUUAUCAAAAUCUCCUGAUCGUUCCAUAACAUGAUUUCUACCUUUAGGAGCUUCCCGAAAGAAGUAUAAGCGUUCCUUGCGUAAGAAGAAGCAGCGUCCCUUGUUUUCGCCAUACCAAAUCCAAAUCAUGGAAACCGAAUUCUCGAAACAGCGCUACAUAACGGAAGAAAAGCGAGCUCAUCUUGCUCUGAAAGUAAACUUGACGGAAACUCAAGUGACCACUUGGUUCCAGAAUAGACGAACAAAGUGGAAAAAGGAUAAACGAAAUGAAGGGAAGAGUUCUCCAGAUGGAAAGUUCACGACAUACUUGGAGACAAAGUUUGACAAAUUCCUCCUACCACAGAAUUUGCCUCGAUUCUCUCGUUGA